GGGGGAUAUAGCGUUUGGAUCUGGCAACUAGUAACCCGGACCGUUGCGAGGACGAGCAGCGGCUAAUGGCUGACUGGGAAUUGUGUAUUGGCUAUUAUCCACCACUGCUUCUGAUGUGGGCAGUUGUAUUGGUGCACUGCUCCUGAAGCGGCACUUGGAAGACAGAGCAUACAAAGUGCCAGGCUGUGUGGGUCGGCAGCCGCUCUGCAACAUGUCAAAGAGCAAGAGCUCUGAGUCCGUAAAGGUGGUGGUCCGUUGUCGCCCUAUGAAUGAAAAAGAGCGGGCAGCCAAGUUUGAAAGGGUGGUAUCUGUCGAUGUCAAAUUGGGACAAAUUAUUGUAAGGAACCCCAGGGAGGCUUCAGCCAGUGAACUUCCCAAAGUCUUCACAUUUGAUUCAGUCUAUGACUGGAACUCCAAACAAAUAGAUUUGUACGAUGAAACCUUUAGGCCCCUAGUGGAUUCAGUUCUACUUGGGUUCAAUGGGACCAUUUUUGCAUAUGGGCAGACAGGUACAGGGAAAACGUAUACUAUGGAGGGGGUGAGAAAUGAUCCAGACAGGAGAGGGGUGAUCCCUAACUCCUUUGAGCAUAUCUUCACUCACAUUUCACGCUCCCAGAAUCAGCAGUACCUGGUGAGAGCAUCAUAUCUAGAAAUUUACCAAGAGGAGAUCAAAGACUUGCUCUCCAAAGACCAGUCACGUCGUCUCGAGCUCAGGGAAAGGCCUGACACGGGUGUGUAUGUUAAAGACCUUUCUUCUUUUGUAACCAAAAGCGUGCGAGAGAUCGAACAUGUCAUGAAUGUGGGCAACCAGAAUCGUUCAGUGGGUGCUACUAACAUGAAUGAACACAGCUCCCGUUCCCACGCCAUCUUUCUCAUCACCGUGGAGUGCAGUGAGUUGGGUUUGGAUGGGGAGAACCAUAUCAGAGUUGGCAAACUGAACUUGGUAGAUUUAGCUGGGAGUGAAAGACAGACCAAGACUGGUGCUCAGGGGGAGAGGCUUAAAGAAGCUACAAAGAUCAAUCUGUCGCUUUCUGCUCUGGGGAAUGUCAUAUCAGCUCUGGUGGAUGGUAGGAGCAGCCACAUCCCCUACAGAGAUUCAAAACUCACCCGGCUUCUGCAGGACUCUCUGGGAGGCAAUGCCCGCACUGUCAUGGUUGCCAACAUUGGACCAGCAUCCUACAAUGUAGAAGAGACCUUGACAACGCUGCGAUACUCCAACAGAGCUAAGAACAUCAAGAAUAAACCACGCAUCAACGAGGACCCCAAGGAUGCCCUGCUCAGGGAGUUUCAGGAGGAGAUUGCUAGGCUGAAGGAACAGCUGCAGAAGCGUUCAGGAAAGAAGAAAAGGAGGCAGCGGAGGAGGAGGGCUGGGGAAGGAAGCGAUGGUGAGGAUCUGGAAGGAGAGACAGAGGAUGAUGAUGAAGAUGGGGACGACAAAGGGGAUUACUGGAGAGAGCAGCAGGAAAAGUUGGAGAGAGAGAGAAAGGCCAUCAUGGAGGACCACAGUCUGGUGGCAGAGGAGAAAGUCCGGCUCCUCAAAGAGAAAGAGAGGAAAAUGGAAGAUUUGAAGAGGGAGAGGGAGGCUGGAGAGAUGCUUGCAGCCAAGGUGAAGGCAAUGGAGAGUAAGCUCCUAGUAGGGGGGAAGAAUAUUGUAGAUCACACCAAUGAACAACAGAGAAUGCUGGAGCAGAAGAGGCAGGAAAUCGCUGAACAGAAACGGCGAGAGCGGGAGAUGCAGCAGCAAGUGGAGUGCCAUGAUGAAGAGACUCUUGAGCUGAAGGAGACCUACAGCUCUCUGCAGCAGGAGGUCGACAUCAAAACAAAGAAACUGAAAAAGCUGUUUGCCAAACUGCAGGCAGUGAAGGCAGAAAUCCAGGAUAUCCAGGAGGCACACAUCAAUGACCGUCAGGAGCUGGAACAGACCCAGAACGAGCUCACCAGGGAUCUCAAACUCAAGCAUCUUAUCAUUGAGAACUUCAUUCCCUUAGAGGAGAAGAACAAAAUAGUUAACAGGGCUUACUUUGAUGAGGAGGAUGAAUACUGGAAAUUGAAGCCCAUCACACGUAUUGAAGAUGACCAUCAGAUGAUGACCAGGCCUUUCUCAGCGGUUGGCUACAGGAGACCUCUCAGUCACCAUGCUCGUGUGGCCAUGAUGAUGAGGCCAGACAUGAGAUACAAAGCUGAAAACAUCAUGAUGCUGGACAUGGACCUGCCAGCUCGGACCACUAAAGAGUAUCAGGAGCCAGUUAUCGCCCCAAAGGUGGCAGCAGCUCUGGAAGAUGCUCUGAGGGAUGAGGAUGACAUCCAGGUAGAUGCUUCAGGCUUUCGCAGCAGCUUGGCACCAACCCCACCUGCCAGCACCAGUGACAGCCUCAGGAAACCAAAGUCUGGUCGACCAAAAACGGGCAAGAAGUCGAGUACCCCGACCUCCCCAUUCAGCCCCUCCAGUCCAGGAUCCCCACUUUACCCACAGUCCCGCGGCCUGGUGCCCAAGUGACAGCUUCUACCACUAAUAUCACCACUCCUGUGCACCUUGCCACUUUGGGACUCAACUUUGAGAGAAUGGGACUCAUUUUACCGUACUUGUUUUUUUCAAGCAGCAGAAUCUUGCACUCUGCAAACCAUAGAGAAACUAUUAGACCACUGCUGCUUUGCAGGUUGUUACUAUAUCCACAAAACCAUUAACUCAUCCGGAGAGUGAGUCAAUACAACACCAAACAGCAGCCAUGUAUGAAGCCUCACAUCACUCUGUUCUGCUGUUAUCCUUCCCUACACUUGGCUUAAUGCCACUGAUGUCUUGUAUACAUGUCAUAAUGUUCUUAAUGUACAGAAAAGAAUGAAGGCGGUUUAGAGCCUCCUUCCCACACCCCCUUGUUGGAUUGCAGUAUCUUCAAUGCACUUCUUCUUCCUAUUCUCCCAAAUCUGUGUUGUGUGUUGUAGUCCUCUCUUACUGUAAAUGUGGACCUUGGGAGUGGGGGAUGGGUUGAUAUAAAGACACAUGGACCUGGCAGCUCUGCUGUACUUGUCACCGUGUGUGUAAGUGUGUUGUACAUCAGCCUGUGCGUCUGUAAGUCGCUGUCAGAAUAUUGAGCUUUUUUAGUUCAUGUUUCUUUUUUUUAUUGUUGGACUUCUGAUGUUUGAAUGGAGCUAUACGUCCUUUGUACAUGUGUUGUUUAACGUCUCAUGUGAAUACUUCACAUUUUGGGAAAUAAUCUUGUUUGCUGCUAGAAGAAAAGACCAGUACUGCUGUCAUGUGGCAUUGUUAGUUACAAAGCUAGAGGCACUGAGCGUAUCUAAUGCCCAAAUUACAAAACUUUCUGUCUUGUAACCGGGAGUCCCACAGUUAGACUUCAGAUUUCUGUGUACAAAGUCGACAAACAGAUCAUGAGUGUUACUGUACUGAACUGGGAUAACUGCCUAGCUCUGCCUCCCAAACCACACUAAUGUCCUGUUGACUCUGGCUUCAUAUUUAAUGUACAAACAAACAUUUUCCCAAAAUGUGGAACUAUUCCUCAAACUGUUUAUGAUUGUAAAUGUACAGGCCAGAGGGUGAAGCACACUACAGAUGUGGCAUCUGUCACAAGUUGCUGUAAUCAGUAGAUGCUGUUCUUCCUGGGGCAUACGGGGGAGAUGGAGGAGGGGAACAGUGAUAGAGAGCUUAACACAUAAACACCCACCAUGGACUAUUCUAAGUCACAUGAUAUUGCAGUUGGCCACCGGACAUCUGAACAAGAGAUGCUAACCACACCCAGGAUCACUUCAGAGUAUCUGUCCUGCAUGGUGCCUCAGGUUCAUCAGGGUUCCAAGGUGCCUUAACCUGCGUCCUGUAUCUCUGCUCCUUUGUUUGAUGUUGCACACUUACACACUGUUGUACACUGUUUUUUCAUCAUUUCUUCUAUUAAUCAUCCAUUCCAGCAGCAGGGAAUCAGUCUUGAUUUGGCAUUCCUACUAGAAUGGGUUGUGCUCAUUAUAUGGAGGAGCAGAGCAUUUGGACAUAGCAUACACCCACCACCCCCACAGGAAGGCAAGGCAAGACCCCGUCUACCUUCAGAUAGGGAUGAGUGGAUCUUUGAAAUAACUGAUUUAUCUGUUUAAUAGAAUACUCGGUAAAACCCCAGGGCAGUGAUGGCCACUUAACAGUACCAUGGUGGGGCCACAGAACUCAAACACGUUUAUAGAAUUAAAUGGAUCUGAAUACGCAACUCAUUUCAUUUGUAUGCAUCCAGAUUAAUAAUAUGCAGUUUUAACCUCGAUGGUUCAGCCUUUCUCUGCUGCUCUCUGGUCCCCACACACGAGUGUUAAACUGUGAGGGGUGUGCUGUCCAGCUGCUGCUACUGUGUAGGAUUUUACAACCCACUGUGACAUUUCAGCAGACCUGGCUCAAAUGGCUAAUUAAACCCAGUCAAAUACUUGUGUGCUGUGAUUGUAGAACCAUCAAGGCCGUCUCAUUUCCUAAAAGCUGAAAGUCGUUGCUGUUUGACCCAUGCCUGCAUACCUUAUGUAUUUAGAUAUGUAACAAUGACCUGUUCAUAGGCAAUCCUCAGUCACUUUUGCAGAUAUAUGAAAAAAUGGAUUUCCAUCUAUUGAAAAAGAUCUAACUUAUUUUAAUCUUUCAUUUUUAUAUACAGAUGUAGAUAUACAUUUUUAUUCCAUUUUUUUUUUUUAUUUAAAAUAGACCAUUGUUUUAUUUUUUGGAACUUUCUAAUUUAAUGCUGAAAUUGUAUUUUUUUUUUUGCAUUAUACAUGUUGUCUGUGUCUUUUGUAUUCAGAGAGGCACAGAUUUUGUUGUGUGUGUGUAUAUAAUUUUAAAUUCUUCUGUAGUCAAAUUCUCCACUUGGAAAAUGAGUGCACAGAUCAACUGUUGCACAUUGAUUUGGAGAAGUGUUGAGACUGCUUUAGUAAGAAGAGAUUGAUUCAUGUCACGGCUGAGUAUUGACACAUUCACUGUACUUCUAACCUCAUAAACAUAAUCUUUAGAAAGAAAAGCCUCAUAUAUGUAAUUAAUAUUGCGAUGCUGUGUACCUGCUGCAUGAUUGGUUUGGUUGUGUGAAUAUCCAUCAUUCAUAGGAAUCUGGUAAGCAAAAUGUGAAUGUCUUAAUUGAAUCUAAUACCUUUGCAUCUGUAUCCCAUGCAUACAUUACUGGAUCCAAACUCCAUAUCAAUGUUUAUGACCAACUCUUACAUGCUGGUAUUUUCUAAUAGCCAAAUGACGAUCAUGCUGGUGCACUUUGGUCCAAGGCUGGUUAUGUCUUUGACUUGUUUAGUUUCUUUUGAUUAUUAAAGACAAUUCAAUGGUG